AUGGAGGAGGGCAAUUACUGCGAGAUCUGUCUUGAGAAUGAAGCAAAGUACCGGUGUCCGCAGUGUGGCAGGCGUACGUGCUCUGUAGCGUGUGUCAGAGCCCAUAAGGAGCAAUCGCAGUGCUCAGGAACAGUGGAUAACACGAGCUUCGUGAAGAGGUCGGAGUUCUUGGAGAACUCACACCUCAUACAGAGGGACUACAACUUCCUGACGAACCUGGACAGGGCUCUGAGUGUCAAGAGACAGGAUUCGAGGCAGAACAGGGCACUCAAGAGACAGAGAACCAACGGGAAUGCACAGGGAAAUCAUCAGCAGGUCCAGAUGAAGCGUGGUGUGCGAGUGAAGUAUCUACCAAAGGGCAUGCAAAGGUCGAACCAGAAUAAGUCGUCAUGGGACAAGAAGAAGGAGACCUAUGUCUGGACGGUGGAGUUUCAGCUG